GACGGAGAUGUUAUUAGGAGCUAUCAUAUGGUUUAGUCUUUCGACAACGAUACACGCUCAAUACCGACCGAAUUAUCCACAUCCAUACUUGCAAAGAGAAAUCUUCGUGCUGAACUUAGAAGAUGGCUUCUUUGGUUGCCAAGUUAACGAAUCCGUCGACGUCCUUCAGCUAUUCGAAUUAUCCAAAAUCUGCGACGGCGUACCUCAGUGUUUCCUCGGGUCAGACGAGGUGGCCGACGAACUAAAAUGCAGAGACAGAAAUUUUUGCCAUCCCAAGAUGCCUCGGUGCAUUAAUGGAGCUUGUCUGGACAAUCUCUGUUACUGUAACGAUGGUUUCGGAGGAAAAGGCUGCGAAAUGCCAGACGAAAACGAAUGCAAGUACAGACCAUGUGAUGUAUUUGCGCACUGUACAAACACAAUGGGCAGUUUCUAUUGUUCCUGUUUCCCUGGAUACGAAGGCGAUGGAUUCGAAUGCCAUGAUAUUAACGAAUGCGAAAUACCAUCCCUUGCUGCCAUUUGCGUCGAAAACGCUGAGUGCUGUAACUUGCCCGGACAUUACGUAUGCAAAUGUGGUCCAGGAUACACAGGAAAUGCAACAGUCGCUUGUACAGAUAUAAACGAAUGUUUAGACCCCAAUGCAUGUGGCCACGGUGCCCAGUGCGAAAAUAUACCAGGCAGCUAUAAGUGCUUCUGUCCAUUGGGUUAUGAUGGUGAUCCAUUCAGAGAAUGUUACGACUUGGACGAAUGUCGUAGAAACCCAUGUGGUGCUGGAGCUCAAUGUACAAAUACGAAAGGCGGCUAUACUUGCAGUUGUCCAAGAGGAUAUCAAGGCAACCCGACUCCAGAAGCCGGAUGUGUGGACAUCGACGAAUGUUGGGGGCCCAAACCUCCUUGCGGGAAAGGGGCCCAGUGUGUUAAUACCGUGGGUGGUUACUACUGUCAGUGUCCGGAAGGAUACACCGGAAAUCCGACGACAGGAUGUUUGGACAUCAACGAAUGCCCGCACGCCUGCAGUGUCAACGCAGAGUGCACCAACACACCAGGAAGUUACACGUGCAGGUGUAAGCCAGGUCAUACAGGCGAUCCUUACUUGUCAGCUGGAUGCCACGACGAGGAUGAAUGUUUGAAGCCUGGAUCAUGUGGACGGAACGCACAGUGUUUUAAUAACAUAGGAUCAUACACUUGCAGCUGCCUUGAGGGAUACACUGGAAAUGCACUCAAAGCUUGUACAGAUGUUGAUGAAUGCUUGCAAAAUCCAUGUCCAGAAAAUGCCAUUUGUCGAAAUAUUCCAGGCAGUUUUGAAUGCAAAUGUGUUGAAGGUUACGAUGGCAACGCAAGAGAAGCUUGCACAAGAGUUAAAGUUGAUGUCCGUUGUCAAGGCAACUACGACUGUACUGAAAACGCUCAGUGUAUUCGCGGUCGGUGCCAGUGCAAGUCUGGAUUUCAAGUUUCCGGCAUUGAAUGUGUUGAUAUCGAUGAGUGCAGAACACCUAACAUUUGCGGUCGUAGGGCUGUUUGCAAAAAUGUCGUUGGAAGCUACAGAUGUGAAUGCAAGCAGGGUUACGAAAAAAUAUCUUCCGAUCCUGAAAGUCACUGCCGAGACGUCAACGAAUGUUUGUUCGGUCGUUUCCCUUGCGGACAGAAUGCCAAAUGUAUCAACAACGAUGGAAGUUACGAAUGCGUCUGCCCUGACAAUCUUAUUGGGGACCCGACAGCCGCUUGCAAAUCUCCUUGUGCAGAUGUGGACUGCGGCGAACAUGCAACCUGCCAAGCCAAUGGAAAAGAAGCCGCCUGCAUUUGCAAUCUGGGCUACACUUUCGAUCCACAGAACAUCGCAGCUGGAUGCCAAGACAUCGACGAAUGUGAUGUCAUCCAUGGUCCAUCAGGUCUGUGUGGACAAGGGGCUAUUUGCGGCAAUGUACCUGGAAGUUACCAUUGUUAUUGUCCUCCAGGAUUCACGGGGGAUCCUUUCAGAUACUGUGAAGAUAUCAAUGAGUGCGACAGACGUUUCGGACCGAGUGGCCAAUGUGGAGAAGGAGCAACAUGUACAAACACAUUGGGAAGUUUCACUUGCACAUGCCCAUCAGGGUUUUCCGGAAACGGAAGAGUUAAAUGCCAAGAUAUUAAUGAAUGUUCUCAAGCGUUUGGACCGAAUGGCAAAUGUGGCAUUUCAGCUGUGUGUACCAAUCGACCUGGAAGUUUCGAAUGCAGAUGCCCACCCGGAACAUCAGGAGACCCAUUCGUUCGAUGUACGGCAAUUGUACAGUGCAGAGAUGACAGCUCUUGCAGAGGAAAUUCCGUUUGCAGCAGAAACCAAUGUUAUUGUCCAGACCCAUACUUCGGAGAGGAAUGUAAACACCCAUGCGAUGACAUAUUCUGUGGCGAUCAUGCCACUUGCCAGUUGGACUUGAAUAAGGAGCCAGUGUGCGUUUGUGCUCCAGGCUAUACAGGCCGCAGCAACAGCUUACCGGGAUGCACUGAUAUUGACGAAUGUAGUGAACCUCGUGUGUGUGGUCAAUAUGCUCUCUGCAGAAACGGUCCAGGCUCUUACGAAUGCAUCUGUCCUCAUGGCUAUACAGGCGAUCCAUACAGAGGAUGCAUAAAAUCAGAACCGUCGACAAUAGUUUGCUCCGAAACGAGGCCUUGUGCACCCAAAGAAGAAUGUGUGCCCGUCGGGGCAACUCCUCAGUGUGUCUGCAAAAGAGGAUAUACUAGAGAUCCGGGAUCUUCAAAAUGCAGAGAUGUCAACGAAUGUGCAGAGCGCGAUAAGUCUCCUUGUGGUCAGCGUGCUUUCUGCUUGAACAUGGAAGGCAGUUACAUAUGUCGCUGUGCACCUGGCCAUAUCGGAAAUCCGUACAGUAUCUGCUACCCAGAAAUGAUAAAAUGCACAAGAGACAACGAAUGUCCAGGCAACACUAUAUGCUUAGACGAUGGAACCCAAGGACGUCACUGUGGUUGCAGAGCUCCAUUUGUACAAGAUGGAGAAUACUGUAUAUUGGUCAGCAGAAACUGCUCAACCACGAACCCUUGCCCUGAAAAUCAAGAGUGCGUGUACACAGGCAAUGGCUAUGGAUUCUGCAUUUGCCCAAGAGGAUACACAAUGGAUGCUACUGGAUUCUGCAGAGAUAUUGACGAAUGUACCGAAAUCAAGGACUGGUCUUUGUGUGGUUCGUAUGCAGAAUGUGUUAACUUACCAGGAGCUUACCAGUGCCUGUGCUUAUCAGGAUAUACUGGUAAUCCCAGACAGGGCUGUAGUCGAAUAGAAAUCGAAUGCAGAGGACAAAAUACUUGUCCUCAAAACAUGGAAUGCGUGAAAGGACAAUGCCAGUGCUUGGCUCCUUAUGUAUUAGAAGAACAACAGUGCAAACAUCCAUGCGAAUGGUAUUCAUGCGGACAAUACGCGACUUGUGAACUGACACCGAAUGGUCCAAAAUGCGUUUGCAUACCAGGUUGCACAGGAGAUCCGAAUAACGCUUGUCAAGAUAUAAACGAAUGUACAGCGGAUCUUCCAAUGGAUCCCAAUGGUCCAUGCUCCGUGGGGGCAACCUGUAUCAAUAUCGUUGGUGGUUACCAAUGUGAAUGCCCUCCAGGAACAACUGGUGAUGCCUACAAGGGUGGAUGUCGUGGUGCCACUGGCUGCUCAUCUGAUAGACAGUGUCCUCGUAAUGCUGUGUGCGAUGCUAGAGGAGGAGCGUGUGUUGAUCCAUGUUCUACCGCGUGGUGCGGUCCAAAUGCUGACUGCUUCGGAGAUGAGCACAAAGCUGUGUGUAGAUGCAGACCCGGAUAUACAGGAAAUCCAAAUGAUUUAGAGCGAGGAUGCGUUUCACCAUGUUCUGGUGUAUGGUGCGGUGUCAAUGCUCACUGCAUCGUCAACUCGAACAAUCAGGGCGUCUGUCACUGUCUGGAAGGAUUUUCUGGCAACCCAUGGGCUGGCGGAGGUUGCCAUCCAGAACACAGAGGAUGUAGUGUGUCUAGACCUUGUGGAUCCACUCAAGUUUGUCAAAAUGGUGCUUGUGUUGAACGUUGUCAAGGAGUGAAUUGCGGCGUUGGCUCCCGAUGUGAUGAAAACACUGGCAACUGUGUUUGUUUACCGUAUUUCAUUGGAAAUCCAUCAUUUUUGUGUGUACCACCCGUUUUGCCACCACUCUGCGUGCCAGGAUGUGGUGUGAAUGCCCAUUGUACGUACGGAGUUCCCAACCAGUGCCAGUGCAAUCCUGGAUUCGCUGGUAAUCCAUAUUCAGUAUGCGGAACAAGCCAGAGGUGCGAGGAAGUACGUUGUGGAACAAACGCCAACUGUAUCGAAGGUCCAAACAGGGUAGACUGUGUCUGUCCAGCUGGUAUGCAGGGAAAUCCUUUCUUAGGAUGCCAAGAUGUCAACGAAUGUUUGGGAAGCAAUCCUUGCGGAGGUGGUGCAAACUGCAUUAACAGCGUAGGCAGUUUCUUGUGCGCUUGUCCAUCAGGAAUGACUGGAAAUCCUCUAUUUUCGUGCACACCUGCCAAUACACCUUGUGAACCUGGACAAGGAUGCGCAUGUUCUUCUGACGCCGGCUGCGCCGGAGGAGAAAUUUGCGGACCUGGUGGUGCAUGUCAAGAUGCCUGUCAAGACGUUGUCUGCGGUCCAAAUGCUUACUGCGUGAGAGGUGCUUGUCUGUGCCAGCAAGGAAUGACCGGUCAGCCCAAUAAUGUUGGAGUCGGAUGCAGUCCAUCAACAGAAGCACCACAACGUAUUCCCGACGAAUGCGUAGACAACCAGGGUUGUGAUGGUGGCGCUUUCUGUCAGUCCAACCCAGACGGAAUAAGAGAGUGUAUCGAUGUAUGCGGUGCAGAAUAUGUCAAGUGUGGCCGAAAUGCAGUUUGUACCGGCCAAAAUCACCAAGCUGUUUGUGAAUGCCCAGACGGUAUGAUUGGAGACCCAAAUGAUCUCAUACAAGGUUGCCAAACUGCUAGUCCUCAUGAAUGCGAAGUUAGUGCCAAUUGCCCAGAUUCACACAUUUGCAAGAUGGGAAGUCAAGGAUUUAGAGUUUGCGAAAAUGUAUGUCAGCAACAUACAUGUGGCGAAAAUGCUGCUUGUCAGGGAAGAGGGCAUCGACCAGUUUGUGAGUGCCCACAAGGUUUCAGUGGAGACCCUUCGAGCAGCUGCCAUCCUCAUACUAAUGACCGUUGUCAGAACGAUGACGAAUGUCGUGGAGACGAAGUUUGCAAAGUCUUACAAACGGGAAUCAGAGAUUGUGUUGUUGUAUGUGAAGGUGUACAAUGCGGACCGAACGCCAUGUGCGAAGGACGUCGACAUAUUGCCGUUUGUGAAUGUAGGCAAGGUUUCACUGGAGAUGCUUACGAUAUUCAAAGAGGGUGCCAACCACCACCAUUAGAUUUGUGCCGAGACAGCUCGUCUUGUGCAGAUAACCAAGUGUGUAGAACUGGGGACAAAGGAUACAGAGAAUGCUUUGAUGUCUGCGAGACAACUCAGUGUGGUUUGAAUGCUUUGUGCCGAGGAAAAGACCAUACGGCUUAUUGUGAGUGCAGGCCAGGAUUUUCAGGAAAUCCUACAGAUUUCAGCGUAGGAUGCCAACCUGUGCCAAAAGAUAAGUGUAAAUCAAAUAGCAACUGUCCACCUGACCGGGUCUGCAGGCAAACACCGGCUGGAAUCAAAGACUGUGUUGAUGUUUGUCAGACGAAACGCUGUGGAGUAAAUGCCAUAUGUGUUGCUCAGAAUCACAGAUCGAAAUGUGAGUGUCCUCAAGGAUACUCUGGUGAUCCUAACAGAGGAUGUCAAGCUGACCACUGCAACCGUGAUCGUGACUGCCCUGACAGCAGAAUUUGUUCUCUUACAAGAGAUGGUAUAAAGGACUGUAUAAAUCCUUGUGAAGGCAAACGAUGCGGUCCCAAUGCUCAGUGUAUUGCCACCGGACAUUCAGCUUUCUGUGAAUGUAGAGAUGGUUUUGUUGGCAACGGAGACGAUAUGCAAAGAGGGUGCAAACCGAGGGAUAAAUGCAAAACAGACAGCGAUUGCAGCGACCGGGAAAUUUGCCGCCUCAACGUAGAGGGUGUGAAAGAUUGUGUUGAUGGCUGCUCGGAUGUACUUUGUGGAAGAAAUGCAUUGUGCUCGGUUUCAUCCCAUAUCGUUGUAUGCAAUUGUCCACCCGACUUCAUCGGAGAUCCAUACGAUAGAAACGUUGGCUGUGAGGCUAGACCACCAGAUCUGUGUACCAGUGAUUCACAAUGCGCAUCCAAUGCCGUCUGUAGACCAGACAUAACAGGAUUAAGGAACUGUUUUGAUGCAUGUGAUGAUGUACGGUGCGGCCCGCACGCAACAUGCGUUUCGAAGAAUCACGUGGCCCAAUGUGAAUGUCUGCCGCACUAUGAGGGCAAUCCGUACGAUGAAAUCAAAGGAUGCCAACUUCCUCAUGACUGUAACACGGAUGCAGAUUGUAAAACAGACGAAGUUUGUCGCAAACACACAGAUUCCAUUCGAAAAUGCGUUCAUGUUUGUUUAUUCGAUCGAUGUGGACCCAAUGCAGAAUGUUUCGGAGAAAAUCAUCUGGCAGUAUGUCGUUGUCCAUCCGGAUACGAAGGCAACCCAAUUGAUCCGCAUGUUGGAUGCAUUCCUCGAAAUCCUAACUUGUGUGAAGAAGACAGGGAUUGUGGAUCACAACAAAUUUGCCAACCAGUGAAUGACGGUUAUCUAGAUUGCAGAGAUGCCUGUGAGUACGUUCAGUGUGGACCAAAUGCUGUCUGUUCUGCCAGAAACCAUCAAACGAGGUGCGAAUGCUUGCCAGAUCACGUGGGAGAUCCUUACAAUCUACUCAACGGUUGCAAACCUCCUGUGCGAGAUGAGUGCCAGGUUGAUCGUGAUUGUAGAAGGAAUACCGAUGUCUGUAAACCAGACAAUUUUGGAGUUAAGCACUGUAUAGAUCCAUGUACUUUCAACCCAUGUGGCUUCAACACCGAAUGUGUUGCUAUUGAUCAUCAUUAUGAAUGCCGCUGUAAAGAAGGUUUCGUCAGGGAUCCAAGCAGUGAUUCUUCUUGUAUCGCUCGAGAACCUGAUGAAUGUAAAGAAGAUAUACAGUGUCCGACAUUCGGCACAUGCAGACCAAACGACCUCGGUAUUUUGAAAUGUGCAGAAAUUUGCUUGGAUUUCUCUUGUUCACCGAACGCAAACUGUGUUGCUAUACAACAUAAAGGUCAGUGUACUUGUGAAGAAGGGUACACAGGAGAUCCCAACAAGCGCGGAGGAUGCAUACCCAUCAGUCGGGAUGAAUGUAAACAAAACGACGACUGUUCUUCCGCUUCAGAAUGCCGACGGUCUGACACGGAUGAUAACUUGAAGUGUGUUGAUGUUUGCAAAUAUGUUCAAUGCGGACCUAACGCUGUCUGCGUUGCUGUUGGCCACGUUGCUCAAUGCCAGUGCCCGCAAGGGUUAUACGUUGGAGACCCAUACGAUUUGGUCAGAGGCUGCCAACGAGUUGAAUGCAUAGUUGAUGACGAUUGUCCAUUGGAUAAAAGUUGUGCUCCUGAAAACUAUUGUUUAAAUCCAUGUUUGGACGGAUGCGGAAAGAAUGCCAUUUGCGUGGCCGAAAACCAUCACCGUACUUGCCAGUGUCCUGCUGGAAUGACUGGAGAUGCUUAUGGUAGAGGAUGUAAGGCAAUCCGAUUCUGCGAGAGCCACCCAUGUCAUCCAACGGCUAAAUGUGUCGACACAAAAGGAAGUUAUAAGUGUCAAUGCCCCCAGGACUACAUUGGAGACCCAUACCGCGAAGGCUGCAGACACCCCAAUUCUUGCCCAAGGGGAGAUCAAGACUGUCGACCCGAUGCAGCUUGCUUACCAGAUAUCAGUGGAGAAAACAUGUGUAAGAAUCCAUGCGAUAAAAUUAACUGUGGACCAAAUGCAUUUUGUGAGGUUGUCAAUCAUCGUCCUCGAUGUUCUUGUCCUUCUGGAUUCCGGGGCAAUCCCGAUCCAGAUAGCGCCUGCAUUCGUAGUUCAGUCUUCUGCCAAGAUGCCAAAGAUUGCAGAGAUAAUCAAGCUUGCGUGGAUGGUCAGUGUCGAUUGUUCUGCAGCUAUGAUAACGAAUGUGCAGUUGGUGAAAAAUGUAUCAAUAAGCGUUGUGUGUUACCUUGCUUUGCCCAUUCUGGUUGUCCAGCCAAAGAAGCCUGUGUGCCUAGUGGGUACUGUCAGGUAGGUUGCCGAGAUAAUAAUGACUGUCUUUACAAAGAAGCUUGCAUUCAAAAUCGUUGCCAAAACCCCUGCGACAUCAAAGGUGUGUGCGGACCUAAUGCCUUGUGUACUGUUAUUGAUCACAAAGCUACUUGUGAAUGCCCUACAGGAUUUGAAGGUUCGCCGUCACCAGUUUUAGGCUGCAAGAGAGUAUACCAAGAAUGUUCGCCAACUAUUUAUUGUCCUCCUGGUAUGAACUGUGUUGGAGAAAGAUGCAGGGCACCUUGUAGUAACUGUGUUGAUGGAGAGGUCUGUGUCAAUGGUGUAUGCAUGGUAAUCUGUUCAACAGAUAAUAACUGCCCAGUUGGCGAAGUGUGCAUUAAUCAAUAUUGUCAAGUUGGGUGUAGAGCCGAUGGCGACUGUCGUUUGAAUGAAGUAUGCGGAGCAAAUAGGUGCACUUGCAGGCCAGGUUUCAAUCCAACUCCAUCGGGCUGUGAAGAUAAUAACGAAUGUCUAUCCAAUCCUUGCCAUCCUACAGCACUCUGUGUGAAUUCAGCUGGUAGUUAUUACUGUCAGUGCCGCGAAGGUGAUAUAGGAGAUGGGUACACUGGAUGCCGACCGCAAGGAGAAUGUCCAAAUGGAGACAGAGAUUGUCCUACAACUGCUGCUUGUGGCAUUGAUGAACAAGGAGUUCCUAAGUGUAUAAAUCCAUGUGAUAGCAAGCCUUGUGGACCUAAUGCCGAGUGUAGCGUGUCCAAUCACGUGCCUCAGUGCUUCUGUCCAAAAGUUGGAUUUUUCACGGGGGAUCCAUACGAGCCCACCAGAGGUUGUGUUCAAGUUGACUGCCUGCAGGACAGCGACUGCAAUUUUGACCGUCAGUGUAUAAACUUUGUUUGUGAAAGUCCUUGUGUGCAAGUCAACUGUGGUCCUUAUGGUACAUGUGUUGUCCGAAACCGACAGGCUUCGUGCAGAUGUGAGCCUGGUUAUGAAAAUAAUGGACGUCUAACAUGCGUUGAUGUGGAUGAGUGUCGACAGCAUCCUUGCCAUGCAACAGCCGUGUGCGAGAAUACACCAGGUAGCUUUUCGUGCCGCUGUCCUACUGGCCUGACUGGGAACCCAUUGAUUCAUCCUGGAUGUCACGAUCCAAACAUGUGUUUCAACGGAGACUCCGACUGCGCAGACUCAGCUGCUUGCAUUCGUGUCAAAGGUGAUCCCUAUUGCAGAGAUCCGUGUGAAUCUCCCACGGCAUGUGGUAUCAAUGCAGAUUGCAGAACAAUCAACCACCAAGUGCAGUGCUCAUGUCCAGCUGGUUAUACUGGCGAUCCAAGUUAUCGCUGUACUAAAGUCGAAUGUACUAUUAAUGAAGAAUGUAAAGACAAUCAAGUGUGUGAAAAGAAUAAAUGUAUAGAUGCAUGUUCGAGCCAAGCCAAUUGUGGCCAAAAUACAGUCUGCCAGGCUAAAAAUCACGGAGCCAUUUGCCGCUGUCGUGAUGGGUUCUACGGAGAUCCUAUUGCUGGAUGCAGAAAAAUCAUUCCUUGUGAUACUGAUAUCAAUUGCCCGGCAGGAGAGUUGUGUCAAAAGGGAGUUUGCAACGUUCCUUGCAACAGGGACAGAGACUGUGGAGUUAAAGAGAGAUGCGAAUUAGGACGCUGUGUCUCGAUUUGUCUAUCGGAAAGUGAUUGCCCAGAGUAUCAAAUCUGCAGUGCUGGAAAAUGCAUCGUUGAUCACCGUUGCAAUAGAGACAACGAGUGCAGUGACAAUCAUGUCUGCAGAGCCAGUGUAAAAGGAUACAAUGAUUGCGUAGAUCCAUGUGAUUUGGCUUUAUGUGCUCCUCAUGCGUAUUGCGAAGCUAGAGGGCAUUCCGCCGUCUGCAAAUGCGAACAAGGCUACAUUGGAGAUCCAGUUGACAGAGGGUGUGAGCCUGUUGAAUGCUUAAAGAAUGAAGAUUGCCCAAAUCCAGAAGUUUGCGAGAAAUAUGAAUGCGUCGAUCCAUGCAAGUUGCAGAAUAUCUGUGGAGUCAAUGCUUACUGCGAAUCCAGAAAUCAUUCACCGAUCUGUAGAUGUCACGAAGGAUAUGAAGGUGACGCCAUUGUUGGAUGUCGCCCGAAAGAUUAUUGUGCCAGCAGACCAUGCCAUCAUACAGCUAUCUGCAAGAACAAAUUUGGCGGCUACGAAUGCUUCUGCCCACCAGAAAAGAACAUUGGAAAUCCUUACUUAGAUCCAGGAUGUCGCGGUGAAAACGAGUGUCCGCAAGGCGACAGUGAUUGUCCAUUUACAGCCUACUGUGAUCGCACCACCAUUCCACCAAUGUGCAAAAAUCCCUGUCAAGCACCAGACGUAUGUGGAGUUAAUGCGUUAUGUCGUGUAGAAAAUCAUCGUGCAGCAUGCUAUUGUUUACCUGGGUUUUCUGGUAAUCCCAGAGAUUCAGUUCGUGGUUGUACCAGAGUUACUAUUGAUUGCUCAUCUGACCUGGAAUGUGUAUCUGGUUAUAUGUGUGUCAACAAAAGAUGCAAACUUCGUUGUCGAUCGAAUGAAGAUUGUGCUAAACGAGAAAUGUGUCAUCAAGGACAGUGUGUUCUGGAAUGCAGAGAAGACAAAGAAUGUCUUUCUAGAGAGAUCUGCGCUGCAAAUAAAUGCAUUGUGGGCUGUCGAACUGACAGCGACUGCGCCUCAUCAGAAGCGUGCAUACUCAACAUCUGCACAAAUCCGUGUGAAAGCUCAACAGCCUGUGGUACCAAUACACUAUGUAAGGUCCACCAGCACCGUCAACAGUGUACAUGUGCACCAGGUUUCACUGGAAAUCCAAAUAUUGCUUGCCAGAGAAUUUUACCAUCGUGUGUAUCGGAAGCUGAUUGUCCACUUAAUCAUUACUGCCUGGACGGAAAAUGUCGAGUUGAGUGCAGCACCGAUAACGAAUGCAGCGCGGGAGAAAAAUGUGUAAACAACCAUUGCUUAGUGCUCUGUCGUCGCGACGAAGAUUGCCAGAAUGGAGAGAUAUGCAUAAGAAACCAUUGCCAAGUUGGAUGUCGCACAAACGAUCAGUGCCCACAACAGCUGGCAUGUGUUAGCAACCAGUGCAGAGAUCCUUGCGAAGGAAGUGCUACUUGCGGUCCGAAUGCUGAGUGCAGGGUGAGCGAUCAUCGCCCAGUGUGCAGCUGUAGAGAAGGUUUCGUUGGACGUCCAAAUGCCAACGUGGGAUGCAUCAGACCACAGAUUGUUUGCAUCAAUGAACCCUGCCCACCAGGGCUCACUUGUCACAAUGGACAAUGCAGAAUGCCUUGUAGCAAUGUUCGUGAUUGUGCAGUUAACGAAAAAUGCAUAGACAGUCGCUGUCACGUACAGUGUAUAAGAGACAGAGAUUGCUACUCUGGAGAGAUAUGUGAACAGAAUUUCUGCAGAGUGGGAUGUCGAGCCGACAAUGAUUGCGCCUUCCAUGAAGCAUGUAUCAAUAACCAGUGCAUAAAUCCAUGUGACAGUCCAACAGCCUGUGGAACGAAUGCCAACUGCGACGUCAUCAACCACUUAGUCCACUGCACUUGUCCAUCCGGACUAACCGGAGACGCAAAUACCAAAUGUGACCGAGAAAUCGAACGUUGCAACUCUGAUGACAGGUGUGGUUUGGGUAGAUACUGCGAAGAUGCCAUUUGUCGUGUGACUUGCAGCAGCGACAACGAGUGUCUGGACAACGAAAAGUGCGUGGAAAGGAGAUGCAGUGUCUUUUGCACGAGUGACAAGAGUUGCCCGACAGGUUUCAUUUGUGAAUAUGGACAGUGUAUUUCUGGAUGUAGAAGAGAUGGGGAGUGUCCUCUUACAGAAGCUUGUAUCAACAACCAGUGUUUGAAUCCUUGUGCCAGUCCUACAGCAUGCGGUACAAAAGCUCAGUGUCAGCCUGUCAAUCACAGACCAUUGUGCUCAUGUCUGCCAGAACAUACUGGAGACCCAAGAGUGGAAUGUGUGCGCGUAGAGUGUAUAAUAGAUACGGAUUGCGGAACUGGCAAGAUUUGUCAGAACUAUCGCUGUUUAGUCGGCUGUCGAUCAGACCAGGGUUGUUUGAGUGAUGAGGUUUGCAUCAGUCGGCAAUGCCAAAAACUUUGCAUGUUCAGCAACACUUGCGGUGUGAAGGCCACAUGUUCAGCUAGUGCUCAUAGAGCUCAGUGUUCAUGUCCAUUAGGAUAUACAGGAAAUCCCAUCAUCGAAUGCAGAAAAAUUGAAGGUUUAUGUGACAGCAAUGCUGAAUGUCCUCCAGGAAAAGUGUGCAUUAACAACCGAUGUGAAGAUGACGUAGAGUGCCGUCGUGAUGAAGAUUGUUUGUUGGGACACAUAUGUCAGAGAAAUAAAUGUUUUGUUGGCUGUCGCAGCGAUGAGAACUGCGCGCUGGACGAAGGCUGCUACAACUCACAGUGCCAGAGAGUCUGUUCUCUCCCACGAGCUUGCGGACCAAACGCCAGAUGUGAACCCAUCAGCCACAGACCGCAGUGUUCGUGUCUUCCUGGCUACACAGGAAAUCCUCAGAUCGAAUGCAGAACGAUUGGACCUGAAUGCCGUAGAGAAUCUGAUUGCAACCCUGGACAAAUAUGUCUUGGUGGCAAAUGCACAGUCGUACCUGGUUGUACCUCUGACAAUGACUGCAAUCCUGGCCAGAUAUGUGAAGAUACUAAGUGUUUAUAUGGCUGCAGAAGUCACAGUGAUUGUGGCUUUACGCAAGAGUGUUUCGAGAACCAGUGUCAGAAUCCGUGCAAGCCAGGAAAGUGUGGCAUCAAUGCCGAAUGCAAAGCCAUCAACCACGCAGCAUUGUGUCGUUGCCCACCCGAUCACUCCGGAGAUCCGAAAGUUUUAUGUAGAGCAGUUCAAGUCGAAUGCCAUGUGGACAAUGAUUGUGAACUUGGAAAAAUUUGUAUCAGCACACGUUGCCUGGAGGGUUGUCGAUAUAAUGAGCACUGUCCUUACGAUAAGGCAUGCAUUCAAGGCCGCUGUGACACACCCUGCCGUCCCGGUGCUUGUGGUCUAAAAGCCUUGUGCAGAGCCGCCAACCAUCAAGCUGAAUGUACAUGUCCUGGUGAAUACAAAGGAAAUGCUAAAGUCCAGUGUCAGCCUGAGGCCAGGGAUGAAUGCCAGCACAAUUCAGACUGUGCACCUGGUGAAGUCUGUGAAAAUUUCCAUUGCAUUGUUGUUACUGGAUGUCGAUCAGAUUCAUUCUGUCACACUGGUGAAAUCUGUGAGAACAGAAAUUGCAUACUGGGUUGCAGAACGGAUUCUGACUGCACAUUUGACAAAGCUUGUGUCAACAGUCGCUGCGUCAAUCCAUGCGAUGUACAAGACCCUUGUGGUCGAAACGCAGACUGUAGACCGAUCGUGCAUCGACCUUACUGCACAUGCAAGCCUGGAUUUGAAGGAAAUCCGAAUGAUUACUGUAAAGAGACUCCAAGAAAAAGGGUAGAAUGUUUGCAAGACUCAGACUGCCGUUCUUCCGAAAUCUGUGAAUCACAAAGCUGUGUUGAUGGUUGUCGAACGAAUGAAAACUGCCCAUAUAAUGCUGCAUGUGUAAAUAGACAGUGUCAGGAUCCUUGUUCAUAUCCUGAUGUGUGUGGAAUAGGAGCUAAGUGCAUUGUGGACAACCACCAUCCUAUAUGCACAUGUCAAUCAUCUCUGACUGGAGAUCCCAAUAUACAAUGUUUCCCAGUUCCACCUGAUCACUGCUAUACUGACGAUGGUUGUGGUGCUGGACACAUUUGUGAAAACAACCGAUGUAUUGACGCUUGUCGAACUUACCAUUCAUGUCCCUAUGACAAGGACUGCAUCCACAAACGAUGCCAAGAUCCAUGCAGUUUCUUUGGUACUUGUGGUACAAAUGCUCUCUGUCAUACAAGUGACCAUAAAGCAGUAUGCACAUGUUUAUCAGAACAUACUGGGGAUCCAAAGAGAGGUUGCGUGCCAAUCGCACAACCAGUCGAAGGCUGCCUAGAUGAUGCGGAAUGCGGAUCUGGCUAUAUUUGUGAAGCUGGAGAAUGUUAUGAGGGUUGCCGAAGCGAUUAUCAGUGUGCUCCUGAUUCUGCAUGUGUAAGACGACGAUGUGAAAAUGUCUGCAAUCAGCCGGGUGUAUGUGGAACAAAUGCUCAGUGUUUGGCAGACAAUCACAGACCAAGCUGCUCUUGUAAUCCUGGAUAUGUUGGUGAUCCUAGAGUUGAGUGUAGAGUUGUGGAGGAGCCAGAAUGUCGCAGCGAUAGCCAAUGCACCUUCCGUCAUAUUUGCGUAUAUGAAAGAUGCAUAAUUGGUUGUCGCACUGAUGAGAACUGUGGUGCUGAUGAAGCUUGUAUCAACAGAGUGUGCCAGAACCCAUGCAACAUCUUUGGAGCUUGUGGCCGAAAUGCUGUCUGUAAACCUAUCAAUCACAAACCAGAAUGCUCUUGUCUGCCUGGUUUCCGUGGCAAUCCAAAUGUUGUUUGUGAACAAGAGAAAGUUAAACCGGAAUGUGAAAUUGAUCAGGAAUGCAGUGUUGGCUACAUAUGUGAAAAUACUCGAUGUGUUGCUGGUUGUCGACACGACAACAACUGUCCUCGCGAUUUGGCUUGCGUCAACCGCCAGUGUGAAAAUCCUUGUUUGUUGCCAAACAGUUGUGGUAAGAAAGCAGAAUGUCAUGCUGAUAAUCAUCGGCCUGUGUGCACAUGUCCCAGCAACUUCCGGGGAGAUGCAUACAUUGAGUGCUCUCUUGUGAAAGCUGAUGUUGAAUGUGAGCAUGAUUUGGAUUGCUCUGUUGAUAAAAUAUGUGAAAAUACAGUAUGUGUCAAGGGUUGCAGAACUGAUGCCAACUGUAAAUUUGAUGAGACGUGUAUCAAUCGGUAUUGUCGAAAUCCCUGCUCAGUGUAUGGAGCUUGUGGACAAAAUGCUCAAUGCAAAGCUAUUAACCACGAUCGUGUGUGCACUUGUUCACCAGGAUACAGUGGAAAUCCACACACAUUAUGCAGCAGGACUCCAGUUCUUCCAGAAUGUACUGUAGAUAGAGACUGUUCUCUGGGACAAAUUUGCCAGAACCAGAGAUGUGUUGUUGGAUGUCGUACCAAUGCCAAUUGCCCAUAUGAUGAAACUUGUCUACAUAGCCAUUGUCAACGAGUUUGUGACCUCAGUGGAGCAUGUGGACAGAAUGCCCAUUGUACUGCAGUUGGUCAUCAGCCACACUGUAGUUGUCCAGCUGAUUUGACUGGUGAUCCUCUAGUAUCUUGUCAACCAAUUCCUGAACAAGGCUGUCGUCGUGAUUCUGAAUGUGCAGUGAGCCAGAUUUGUGUCAAAUCUGAAUGUGUCUCGGGAUGCCGCUCACACAGCAACUGCCCGUUCGAUAAGGCUUGUGUGAACAGAAUAUGUCAAGACCCAUGUACUAUUGGUGGCAUCUGUGGAGUGAAUACGCAAUGCCAUGUUUCAGACCACAAAGCUAUUUGCUCCUGCAUACCAGGAUAUACUGGAGAUCCACUCAGACAGUGCACACGAAUUCAAUAUGAGUGUGAAACAGACAGUCAUUGUGGAAGGAAUUAUGUGUGCGUCAAUCAUGAAUGUAAAGAUAUCAAUGAAUGUUUGCAAGGCAGAGGUCCAUGUGCUCUGGGAGCCAUGUGCUCCAAUCUACCAGGUGGCUACAAGUGUAGCUGUCCUGUAGGAUUAGAUGGUGAUCCAUAUGGACAAGGAUGCCGACAAAUGCCAAAGGUGUGCAGAAGAGACGAAGAUUGCAAGUUCAUAGAGGCUUGCAACAGACUGACUGGUGAAUGCUAUGAGGUUUGUGACAGGCCUGGUAUUUGUGGUAAAGGUGCAAUGUGUUCGGCUGCAAACCAUCAUCAUGAAUGUUAUUGUCCACCAGGUUAUACUGGAAAUCCAUACAUUGAAUGCAGCAUAUUGGAAACUUGUGGUACACAUAAUCCAUGCUCUGGCAACUUGGUAUGUUUGGACGGUACUCGAUGUGGCUGUCCAGCUCCAUUCGAACAAAGAGGAUUUUUCUGUAUAAUCUCCGAAACAAGUCGAAAUUGCAGCACAACCAAUCCUUGUCCAGAUAACGAAGAAUGCGUCUCUGCAGAACAGCCUGCUGGCAUAUGUGUCUGUCCACGAGGUUUUGUGUUGAUGUCGAAUGGAAUUUGCAGAGACAUAAAUGAAUGCGAACAGAGUCCAUUCCCUUGCGGUACUGGAGCCCAGUGCUUCAACACGAUCGGAAGCUAUCAGUGCCGCUGUCCACCUGGAACUGUCGGGGAACCAUUUUAUUCUGGAUGCCAACGUAGGCAAGGAUACUGUCAGUCUGAUUUGGAAUGUCCAAACCACCUGGCAUGCGAUAUCGAAGCUGAACAGUGUUAUGAUCCAUGUGUCGUGAGCAACCCGUGUGGCCGUAAUUCACAGUGCAGCGUGCAGGAUCACAGUCCACAGUGUGAAUGUAUCCCAGGUUACAGAGGCAAUCCACUUGAACACUGUUAUCCAAUUGGACCUGGUUGCCAAAAUCAUUUAGGCUGCCCAGGAAAUCUUUUCUGUUUGGGAGAUGGAACCUGUGGAUGUCCUGGAGAUUUUCAACGAGUUUCUGAUUUCUGCAUUCUGACAAGCAUCAACUGCACAACAACCAAUCCUUGCCCAGAUAACCAGCGAUGUGUGUAUACAGGUCGUGAAGCUGGCAUUUGCAUUUGUCCUCGGGGCUUCAAACUGCUCGUCAGUGGUGUCUGUAUUGAUAUUGAUGAAUGCCAAGAAAAUGGGUACCAUCUAUGUGGUGAACAGGCAGAGUGUCACAAUACUCCCGGAUCCUACGAAUGUCGCUGUCCAUCUGGUUUCAGAGGUGAACCAUAUGGAGGCAAAUGUGAAAGAGAAGAACCGACAGGAUGCAAGAGUGAUAGAGAUUGCUUGUACAACGAAGCUUGUGACACAUAUACUCGUUCAUGCUAUGAUGUGUGCAGAAGGGAUGCUUGUGGAAUCAAUGCUGUAUGUAGAGGUGAAAAUCAUAAUCCUACAUGUACAUGUCCACCUCGUUACAGAGGCAAUCCAAAAAUUAAUUGUUUCUAUGUUCAAGAAUGUGGUGUUGAUUUUACAUGUCCUGGAAACUUAAUAUGUCUCAACAGCAAAGAAUGUGGAUGUCCUAACAACUUUGAUAGAGUUGGUGAUUAUUGCCGAAAAACAAGUCGAAAUUGCACAACCACAAAUCCUUGUCCGACAAAUGAAGAAUGUUUGUAUACUGGUGUCCAAGAAGGUUUCUGUAUUUGUCCUAGAGGAUUUGAAUUGAUGUCAAAUGGAUUUUGUAGAGAUAUUGAUGAAUGCUUGGAAAGACCUUGUGCAAGAAAUGCAAUCUGUACAAAUACACAGGGUGGCUAUCGAUGUGAAUGUGAACCAGAUACAAUUGGAGACCCAUAUAUAAGAGGAUGCGAGCGCAUUGAAAAUGACUGCAAAUCUAAUACUGACUGCCCAUCAGACAAAGAAUGUGAUCUGAACACAGGCCAGUGUACAAGCCCAUGUUAUGUUUGUGGAGAAAAAGCUGUGUGUACAGCCAGGAACAAUGAAGCUUUGUGCAGUUGUCCACCACUUUAUGUUGGCAACCCUUAUGAUCAAGAAAGAGGAUGCUACAUACCAGAUGAAUUACCGAGGACAGUGCCUCCACUCACUGAAUUAUCAGUUGUGUGCUUGGCAGAUGGCAUCCAAGUGGAUGUUGAAUUGGAGCCUUUUGAUGGUGUCUUGUAUGUAAAAGGACACAGUCAAGAUCACGAAUGCAGACGUGUUGUUAACAACAGGGAAAGAGAUAUCAUAAAUUUCAAAGUUCUCUUCAACACGUGUGGUCUGAUUCAUAUUAAUGGAGAUGCAUCCUUCAUUUUAGUUAUACAGAAACAUCCCAAAUUAAUGACAUAUCGUGCCAAGGCCUAUCACAUCAAAUGUGUGUACAACACAGGUGAAAAGACCAUCACUUUAGGAUUCAAUGUCAGCAUGAUCACAACUUCGGGUACCAUUGCCAACACUGGUCCUCCACCAACUUGCAUCAUGACCAUUUCAAAUACUGAUGGCCGAGAAGUGACCAGUGCUGAAAUUGGAGAUGAUUUACUGCUAAGAGUGGAUGUGCAGCCUGACUUUAUCUAUGGAGGAUUUGCACGAAGUUGUGUAGCAAAAACUAUAGAAGACAAUGAAGAGAUCCAAUAUGAAGUGACGGAUUCAAAUGGUUGUGCAACGGAUCCGAGCAUUUUUGGAAAUUGGCAACUGGAUCCAGACAAGAAGAUAUUAGUUGCAAGAUUCAAUGCCUUUAAGUUCCCUACUAGUAACAAUUUGAGAUUCCAGUGCAACAUUAGAGUUUGCUUUGGUUCUUGUCCUCCUGUCAACUGUGAUGGAGUAGAUGCAUUUGGAAGAAAGAAACGUCAAGCACCAGAGCGCAACAGUUUGGCACUGGAAGGGUUCCAAGAAGGUGCGCUUCGUGAGGAAAUCAUGGUGCAGUCUAAUGCCAUUCUUACAUUUGAGAAGAAAGAGAAUCAAGUGGCUCUUCCAACUGAAGGACCAUCUAUUGAGGAGAUUGACAAUGUCUGUCUGCCUAAACUGGGACUCAUUAUUUCACUGAUUAUAACAACUUUACUUGCCUUGGUUGCUGUUGCAGUGGCCAUCUCUUGCUGGCUGAUGGCAUACAGGAGGCGGCCAAAGGCAGCGGGCCCUCUUCCACAUCCACCAGAUUUUCCUAACCCAUUGUAUACGACACCAGAACCGGUGGCUGAGCCAUCGCCAGACUAUUAUCCUUCCUCUCACAACAGCCUUUAAAAGAAAGCACGCGCACACACAACUUUUUGAAAAGUAACUCAGUGAGAUUUUUUGCAUCCUCGUUGGAAAUAAAUGGACAGACUUGUGAGACAAAUUAAUUGGGUGAUUGUGUCCGAAGUUUUCAGAAUAUCUUGUCGCAAAGAUCAAAAUUUAUGAGCGAGUUGUCAAAAUUUUAUUUUUUUAAUGUUUUAAUUUAAAACUUCGUUCUGUUUAAUCUGCGUGCAUCAUGAGUUCCUCUCGAUGUUUUCUUGUGUUUGUGGUUAUGCUUGUUAUACAAUCACCCAUAUGAAAACAGGAUGCAGUGCACUAACAGAAAUAGCUCGCUUUCCCUGUGGGUUUCGAAAUACUCCUACGAGCAAGAUUUACCUCGACUAGCUGGUAUAGUGUUCAUGUGCCAAAACUGUUCACCUGUCUCACACAGAUUGGAAAACGGCAAGAAGUUUGUGUUCUUCUUUCAACGAGCACCGAGUUCUUAUUUGUGAAACCUACAUGGUAUGGAAAAUGAGCUAUUGCUGCUGUUAAUGGGCUUUGUAUAUUUUUGUGGAACAGGGAAUUUAACGUAGCCAGGUUUUGGUGCUUGGGAACCGUGUUUUGAAUUGUCUUCAAAUGUAGUUUUAAAGUACAAAUGGCACCAAAACACACUUAAAAACAAUUUUUUAUACAUCUGCAAAGUAAUCUAUAUAUUUUUAUUAUUUUUCAAAAUUUUUACUCGGCACGCUAAUAAAAUUGUGCCAAUAUUAAUUUUUAGGAAAGUAUAGUAAACUUUGCAAUUGUAUAAGCAUUUAUUUAUUGAGCAUUUAUGCUUUUUAGUGAUUUUUUAAGUUUUUAAGUGUGUCAUUUUAAAGAUUUUUAAAAUACAAUUUUUAGUACGUAUAGUUAAUAAAUUAGGAAUUAAUUUUAAAAUUACAAAUACAGUGGAACUUCAAAUAUCUAGACUGACUAAAACCAUAAUCCAUCUGGAUUGUAUUUUUCUGUAGGUCAAAUAAGAAUUUACUGUGUUACAAAUGCUGGAUAUUUAUUUAUACUGUUGUUUGUUUAUUUCAAAGAUUAAAAACCAAAUUUAAAAAAUAUGUAGUAUUGUAAAAUAGUACGAAACAUGCUUUAUUUUAAUUAAUGAUCAAUAAUAAAAGGUAAUCUUGUAUCUUGUAUUUUUUCCUAUAUUAAUAUCAAAAGGCAUUUUUAUAAUGCAAUAAUUUAUUUCUAUUUAAUUAUAGUUCUGAAAGUUAAGAUAUUAACUUUCAAAAUAUAUGAUUAUUAUAUGGCAUUAAAUCUUUGCACUUAAUGGUUUAAUAAAUUGUUAUUUUGAAAUUCUGUUUGGCCUAAAAUGAUGAAUAUAUAGUGUGAAACUGGAAGUCUAGAUAAUUGAAAUUCUAACCAUAGGGUUAAUGCUUUUUACUUUCAAACCACAUUUGAUGCCAUGAAAGACCAACAUUUCAACAAAUGUCUCACUUCUUUUAUUUAUAAUUAAUGCAUUGAUAACAUGCUUCUGCAUUUGUAUAUUUUUCAGUCGUUUUAUAACAAUGUCAAAAUGUCUUAAGGUUGUUUUUUAAUACUCAGGCAGCUAUUUUUUUGUAACAGUCUAAUCUUAGACUCAUGGCUCACACUGCCUCAAAGGCUUUGUAGCACCCCUAAUACUUUUUUUUAAUAACUUCUUCUAAUUAAAGGCAGCUAACUGGGGUGUUUUACAAAAACCUUGGAUUUGAAACCAUCUUUCUUAACUUUUCUAAUAAAAUGCUUGUCUUUUUAUUUAAGAAUUAAUUUUAAAUGACAAGUUAAGAAACAAUGGUUAUCACGUGAGCUUAAGAACAACUUCCGGUGCAUUUACAAGUGAUACUUAAUGUUCAUUGAAAAGUGUAUAGUUUUGCUACUACCAUCAUAUCAAUAAAGGUUUUUUUCCCUAA